CACCCAAUAUGAAGCAUUUCUCCAUCAAGAAUUAGACCAUGUUUAUUCUCCUGAAAACUCUAUUUCAAUUUUGAUAUUGCAACAUCAUUAGAUGAGGCGUUAUCGACAGUCAUACAAAAAAAUAUUUUUAACUUCCCAAUCACGAAGACAAGAAAUCAACUCCUUGGGUGGGUCAAGGAAAAAAUCUAAGAAGGCUUGUUCGAGUUCUCGCAGUAGAAUUAGUGUAAAUGGUAGUAAUGUUCAAACGAGUUUCUUGGGUGGGUCAAGGAGAAACUGGGCAUCCUGUAUUAAGUCUGUUCUUGAUCGUGAACGGGUCAAUAGUGCCUCACAACAAUCCUCUGAUCUUAAACCCAAGGCUGCGAACUUGGACAUAUUAUCUGAGAGAGGGGCAUGUGGAGUUGGCUUUAUUGCCAAUUUGGGUAACAAAGCAUUACAUGAGAUUGUUAAUGAUACUCUACUGCUUUUGGUUGCAUGGAACAUCGUGGGGGUUGUGGAGCAGAUAAUGUUUCCGGUGAUGGUUCUGGAUUGAUGACUUCAAUUCCUUGGGAGCUUUUUGACGACUUGGCCAAUGAACCCUUAUAGGUGCUUUUGACCGAUUGCACACUGGUUUGGAAUGAUGUUUCUUCCAAUGGAUGAUGACCUGAAGAAAGCAGCUCGAACAGGUCACAAUCUGUCUUCUGAUCUUUAGCUGCUUAUGUAGUGAAGUGCUCGGAUUGAGUUCUGAACCUGUAAAUACUUCUAUAGUUGGCCCUAAUGCCCAAGAAACCAUGUCGAAUAUACAGCAGGUCUUUGUACAAAUUUCUAAAGAAGAUAUUGAUGGUAUUGAAAGAGAGCUGUACAUUUGUAGGGAAUUGAUUGAAAGAACAGCGAGUACAGA